GUAUUGUAAAAACAUUUUUUUUUGCAUUUAGCCGCAAUGUUUCGAUUAUGAUACAAAUGUAUCUGAUAUGACAUACUGUCAUUUUUACACAGUAAACAUAUUUUGACCGCCAUUAUAUCUGAUAAUUAUUUUGAAGAUUACUAAAAUUUCUUCACUGACGUGUCUGAAUGAUGAAAGGAUCAUGAAAGGAUAUCAAAUUAUGUUUAUCUGUCAUCCACUUUUUGCAAAACUUAUUUUGACAUAAACCAGUAUGGUAUCAUCUACAUUUGAGCACGGUGAACAUUUACAGUGAAAUUAAAGUGCGCGACUACAACAGAAAUUAUUAUAUGAAUCACAGUUGUGUAAUAUUUACUAAGCUAUAGGAUUAGGAGUACCAAAAUCUGCAUAAGAAUGUUUCAAGCAUCAGAUUAUACACAAACUGUGUCAGUGAGACUGUCAGAGGUUCUUGCUGAUAUAGGAGUGCAUGAGAGGAAUGUUGAGAAGAGAAGAAGAACAUGGAUGCUCAUGGAAUGUAUGCAAUACUGUAGUCAUAAACUAACGGGUACAAGGCAAACAUUCUUUUUAUUAGGUAGUAAGUCAGAAGGAACAACUACAUUGGGCCUUCGUUCAGACAUUGACUUUCUUGUGUGUUUAAAUAACUUUAAGAUAUUACAAGACUUAAGUGAUUGGCAGCCUGGUAAACAAAAUCUACUGAUGAUUAAUGAUGAGACUGUACCACCUGGUUACUGUUUGCUACAGUGUCUGAGAGACGAUGUCCCUCUUCCGCAAAAUUUUGUAUAUUAUAAUCUCUUUAACAGGGAAAGGGCUGGAAGAAUAUUACUAAGCAAUAAAAUAGCGUCUGCAAUAAUAGCAAAUGGAACAGAUUUUCUUCCAGAAGGAGUACGCAAUGGUCCAGCAUAUACACGAACUGGACAAACCGGGGUUCAUGACAUAGACAUGGUUGGUGCUUUACCCUGCAAAUCAUGGCCUCUACAAGCUCAACAAUGGUUAAACCAGCAAGGUGUAGGUCAGUGGCCUUUAGAUGAUAUGAAGAGAUAUUGUAGCAGCACUGGGUGUUUUGUUGUUGGAGUCGGAAGCAAGAGCAGUGAGAAUGAGGAUACUGAAUGGAGAAUAUCAACAUCUCUAGCAGAAAGGUGUUUAAUGUUUAAUCUCAAUAUCACACAGAUUCGGUGCUAUGUGUUGAUGAAGAUGAUAUUAAAAACUUACAUUAAGCCUCUCUAUGAUAAUACCAUUACAAGUUUCAUGUGUAAAACAGUUCUAUUCAAACUAAUUGCAAAUACACAUUCUAAUUUUUGGCGAGAAAAAAACUUACUUGUUUGUCUAUCAUUUUGUUUAUAUGUCCUGUACACCAGUACUCUGAAUGAAAACUGUCCACAUUUCAUCAUACCUGGGAAUAAUUUGAUGGCAGGACAUAUUACUCAAGAGUCUAAACCUCGCAUUCUUGAAAUACUUCAGAAUAUUAUAAACAGUGAAGGAACAGCAUUACUAGGGAUCGAAUGUGAUGCUCUUGGUGAAAGGCUUUUGCUGAAGUUGAAUAACUUAUCUUCAUUCAAGACGACAAGUGGCAUUGUUUCAGGAGACUUAUUCAAAACAAUUGCACGAAUGAUAAAUAGUAGCAUAGAAGCUUGUCUAAUUCCUGUUAGCAACAGCAGUAAUGAAGAAGCUAUACAAAUAUUAUUGAAUCGUAUUUUAAAACUUGCUAUUAUUUCUAAUCAAUGUCAAGGAUUGAAGAAAACAGCUUGCAGACUUCUUGCACCACGAUUAUGUAUAACACUGGGAUCUGUCCUGGCAUCCCUCGACAUUCAACAAUACAAGGGUAUAUCAACAGAAGCUCUCGUCAGGCUCUCAAUGGGUCUGAACACAGAUGUUGCUUCUAGUAAACUGAAGCUAGCAUCCAUGUUUUACUGUAAAGGUGACUUCAACAGAACUAAAAUUGUGCUCUCAGAUAUUGAAGCAAACUAUGACCCAAACAUUGUUGAGCCUGUUUGUUCUUGCUAUACUUGCAUCGGUCAUUAUCUAAGAGAAAGAUUCAAUGAAAUAUGUGACAAUCACAGUGAUGAAGCUCUGCAGUAUGUUACAGCAUCUUGUGUCAUAUUUCUGAAAUGUGAAAUCAACUGCAUUCCGGUUGAACUAAAGUACGAACUGUUCAGAUCUACAGGAGAGGACCUUGCUGUAAGAGUUUUUUCGGACAUCUGGAUGAACUGGGCAGUGGUGGAUUCUCUCCCUUACCUGUAUUUUCUACAAUACAAGACCUACAGCAAUCUUGGGAGACAAGAUGACAAAGAAAGAGCACUUUCCAACCUUAUCAGGACUAUUGACCAGGAACCAAACCUUGCUCACAGGGAGACAGCUCUAAAUAUACUUGGACAGUGUAUGGAACAAGAAGUCCGACCAACAGAUGCUUUAAAUUGUUAUUCAUUAUCCCUAAACGUAAGGGGAAGAAGCAAUGCUGCUAAGAUCCAUAUAUGUAGGCUUCUAUCUACUCUGAUAAAUGCCCGAGCCCAGAACCAAGCAUUCCAGUGAAAGUUCACGAAAGAAUGAACUUUCUACAAUACGAGACGUACCACUAUCUUGGUAUGAGAAGCAAAGAACACUUUCCAACCCUAUCAGGACUAUUGACCAGGAACCAAACCUUGGACACAGGGAAACAGCCGUAUGUCUCCUUGGAUAAUGUAUGAAACAGAAGAACCAAGCAAUAGAUGCUUUACAUUGUUAUUCUUUAUCCCUAAAUGUAAAGGGAAGACACAAUGCUGCUAAGUUCCAUAUAUCUUAGCUUCUAUCUAUUCUGGCAAAUGACCGAACUCAGAACUAAUCAUUCCAAUGAAAUUUCAUAAAAAAUUGUGCGUCAUACAACACAAAACCUUCCACUAUCUUGGAAGACAAGACGACAAGCAAAGGACACUUUCCAUCCUUAUCAGAACUACUUACCAGGAACCAAACCUUGGACACAGGGAAACAGCUUUAAAUCUAUUUGGACAAUGAAUGAAACAAGAGGAUCAAGCAUCAAAUGCUUCCUACAAUACAAGACCGACCGCUGUCUUUGGAAACAGGAUGAGAAGCAAAGGGCAGUUUUUAUCUUUAUAAGGACUAUUUUCCAGGAAUUUCUAGCAACUGCAAAACAAAUGUAAAUUCAAUGUAUCUAAGCAGCUUAAAAUUAAUAUGAAUUGUAGUCAUGCAUUUUUUCUUAGUAGUAUAUGUCUUUAUUCAGGUAAUAUUACUUUUGUAAGAAUUUUACAACUUUAGGCUAGAAAUAAUAUAAUGAAAGGGAACUUAAUGUUGUGUGGCUCGUUGAACCCCACAGGAUGUCUGACAUCACUUUGUAUAAAUUGCCUUAAAAUUCUACAUUUAACCAAUUUGCCGGAUCACGAAUUCUAUUUAAGAAAUUGUAAACAAGUGAUUAAUCAGGUUCUUUACUAACAUUUGUCUUAAAUUUCCGAAUCUUUAUCAAGAACGUUUUCAUUCAUAAUUAGUAGCUUUAUAAAUAUGUUAAUUCUUUAUAUAUAAGAUGUCUACCUAAUCAAUAUUCUAAUAAGUACGUGAUUUGUUAUAUCAUACAAAUUAUUACUUAACAUAAAAUGUCAAUCAAAGAUGUUUUACUCUAAGUUCAUUGGAUGUGAUCUAAUUGUCAGGCCCUAAGAUAUAUGUGCUAUAACGUUGUGUUCUUAGAUUCGUAGUCAGUUUUAUCAUUUUUUGUGUGUGUUUCGUAUUUACCUGAGAAAACAUGAAAUAAUAAAAAUUGUGUUAAAGAUUGUAACUGAUCUUGUAGCUGUAAACUUAACAAUCACGUGUGUGACCAUGUUGUAAGUGAAACCAAAAUCAAACUUGACCUUUAUUUUAUAAUCACAUAUCUGUGUACCAAAAUUGAAUUUAAUACAUUCAUUAUUUUAGAAAAUAGCCAUGGGAAAUCAAAUUUUUGCUAAAGAUUUAUAAUUCCACCAAAAGUCAGUUGUGGACUGCUACCAUACAAAUGGCGCAUAUUUACUCUUGUCCAUCCCCCUACUUUCGGUUUCGAUUUGCAAAAUAAAAACUUGCUAUAUGGGGUGUUUAAACGUGAAACCCGUCUCAUUUCAUGCAGAAUGUUUCCUAGCAGUGAAAACUUGUGAUCAAAACACUCGUUUUACACGAGUUUGUGCAACAAAUGGAAAAAUUAGGGUCUAUUUACUUUGGAAUUCUUUCACAAAAGCAGAUUUUCGACCGAAUUACUGACCUUAUUCCAUCAACUGUAGGAAAACUGUAGGACCGACAUGGUGACCCCUCCUAUACUAUAUUAUUAUUAAUAAACAAAUUCUGUCGUAAACUCAUGAGGACUAUAACAGCUAUCACCACACAGACUUUGUCAUUAAUGUUUCUUUAAGAAUGUAGAUUUAAGUUUCAACAGUUAAAAAUAAAAUAAUCAAAUUUGUGGAGAUGAUGUAAGGUUUACAUCAGACGUUUUAAGGUUUACAUAAGUUUUCCUGUGAUAUGCAGGCUCCAUAACCUCAGAUCCCCUUUCUAAAUUCCAGUUUGUUUAGUUCUGCCCAUUGUUUUCUCGUUUGGGGCAAACCCAUUACUUUAUCUGGGGACCAAACGCCGCUUUUCAUGGAAUUACACGCCACAGCCAGUGUAUCAUUGAAGGUUCCAUGUUCACCACCGUUUGAAUACAUCUGCGAAUGUCUCUUAAUUGCUUUUUGUACUUUUAGCGUUUGUAAAUGUUGAGUGUCUGCUCAGCCCGAGGCUAGAGGGCUUGGACGGUAGCAUGCAUUUCCACUACCGUCCAUGAACAGGCUCAAUCAAACCGAGCCUGCAACACUAUCGUUUUUGUCGUGUUGAGCGACCUGUGAAGUUUCCACUUUUUCUAUUUUACUGUUAACCUUUUAAAGAAUACAUAAAACAUUCACCCACACAUCAACAUUAUUGAAUCAGAAGUAUAAAAAUGAUUCUAAAAAAAAUCAGAACAUCUCUUAGUCUCACUUCUUCACAUGUUCUAACAUAAAAAGUCUAAAUAACAUUAAAUCUGCAAUACACAAACUUCAUUUUGUAGAUUAAAUAUGAAAAUUAGAAAAUAUAAAUAGUUUUAUUAUAAACAGUACUCAUUUCUAUGAAUCUAUUUUAUCUUUAUAUAUAAGAUUACUCAAAUUGCUUCAAACAUAUUUGAUUAUAAUUUUGACAAGGUUUUUAAUAAGAUUUUGAUCAAGUAAUGGAUCUGGUAAAAGUUUAAUAAAUGGUCAUUUACACGUGUUUGUGUUCACUGUCUGCUUAAUGCACUUAGGUAGUUUUAAAAUUUAAUUUUCCUGUCCAGGUCAAUGUAAUGUUGUUUAAGCAUAUACCUACCUUUGAUAAAUAUACUUUGCCUUAGAAAUGAUGUGAUUAUAAGAACUUCUGCGUUAUAUUUGUCAACGUAAAUUGUUUUAAUUGUCAAAUAUUUACAUCGACAAAUAUAUAUUUAGCUGCAAUUGAUAGAUAGAAAAUCAAAUUUUAAAAAAAUAUUAUUACAUCCCUUAUCUUGCAACCAGGCCAAAAAUUGUCUUAUUUCUAUUCCAUAAUCACAGAAAACCAAACAAAUAUUCUAUCUUUCUCUUUAAUAUCAGAAAAGUAUGCCAACAAUGUUCAAAAUACUAGAAAUGUAAGCUUUCCUGCAGAUUAUAAAAUUCCCAAGUAAACCUACCUUCCUAUAUGAAUUUUUUUUUACAAAUUUUAAGUUGAAAAGGGCCAUCACUCCGCAAUAAAUUUUAGGAUUGUAAUCAAAAUCAAAUUCAACUUGUAUUUUAUAAUCAUAUACCUGUGUACCUAUCCUUUCAAAAGUUCUUGAACAGACAUCAUUUUGCAAACUUUUAUGUCAGAAAAGAGCCAUGAUUUUGCUAAAUAUUGGAAGAUUGUAACAUAAAUUGAACUUGGCUUGAUCAUAUCCCUGUAUACUUAAGGGAAGACAGACUUUGAAAUGAGAAAAAGUGGAUGGGGUAUGAUAAAAUAUAUCGGCAAAGAGUAAAAGUUUCUGUACAUGAAAUGGAUACUGUUUGACGGUUAUUAGUACACAAAGGAAUGCUCACUAAAAUAAAGAUGAAAAAUUUCAAAUAAGAAAGUUAUUGUUGAAUUACAUACGACUCAUCUCAUAAUGUAAUGAACAAGUAGAAUGUUGUAUUACAACUACACUUUCAGUUUCAGUCAGUUUAUAUGUGACUUUAUUAAUUCAUUUUGUAUUUGUAAUUGUUGUUAAAAAUUAUAACGAAGUGCCUCACAUAUGAAAGCGGACAUGACUUCGAUUCGGAAAAUAGUCCGCUGUAAGUAAUAUUUUUUGAUAAAGGUCCGAAGAAAUUAAUAAUUUUCAGAUUAAUCAGAGCUAUGAAAAAGAAGUACCCUAGAUUAGGAAACAUGGACAAAAAACAGGUCCAAAGAAUUGUACGAAGGUUGGAAGGUACAGGGUCAGUAGAUGAUGGAAGACAUAGAAAGCCUGGACGUCCAAGAUCAGUGCGAAUGGCUGAAAACAUUAAACAAGUUAAGACUGUUAAUCAUGAAUCGCCACAAAAUCUGUUCGUAAGAUAUUAGGUAAUAUUACUAAUUCUGCAAGCUUUACAAGUGUCUUUAGAAUGCUGAAAUAUGAUUUAAAACUGAAACCUUAUACUAUUUCUAUUAUGCAGCUAUUAUAAAGUGUUAAGAAUACGAAGGUCAGAGUGUGGGAUGCAGUUCCAACAAGAUUAUGUUUUUGAUGUUUAUUAAAAGACUGUCCAAUAAUGUUCACAGGAUAUCCUGAAUAUUCAAUUUUAACAACAAACAUGGAGAUCCACAAUUAAACUUAAACAACGUCCAAAUACAAGAACUUUCUCAACACACUGGAUGUCCAAUAUUUAGUUUGUCUGGAGGUCCAAAAUCAACUCUUUUAACAUAUAAAAUCUCUGGGGUCCAGAAUAAAACUCUUCACAUUUUUAGAGUCUGGAGGUCCAGAACCAUUCUCUUUAUAUGUUAACUGUCUGGAGGUCCAGAAUCAACUCUUUUCACAUUUUUACUGUCUGGAGGUCCAGAAUCAACCCUCUUGAAUACUAGAGUUCCAUAACUCAAACUUAAAAAAACUAAAUAACCAAUCAAAAUGUUACUUAUCAUUUUCAUAGAUGAUUGGUUCAUUGAAACAAAUAGUUAAAUAUUAUUGGUCUGAUUUAAUCACAUGGUACAGAGUGGGAGGUGCCAUAGAAUUUGAGAACUUCUUGGUUUGAAGGUAUUUACACCAAUUUAACUUAAUACCUAACAAGGCGAUAACUUAUCAACUUAUACAAAGCUGAAAGCCUAUUCUAAAGACAAAAAUCCUUAACAGAAUUAAAGGUGCUAAUGGAAGCCAUGAGACAGUAACAACAUUCCAGGAUUAAAAAGCUGCCUUACAUACCAGACAAUAUUUUAAGAAAAAUAUAUAAGAAUUUUUUGUGAGUUUUAAGAUCUUUGGAACAAAGUUCAAAAUUGAAUAUUGAAAUUAUGAAAAACAUAAUCCUGAUUUAAAGACAAUUAUUUUGAUACUAAAUUUGACUAUGAAAGUCAAAAUUUUUAACAUAUUGUGUUUUUAUUGACUAAUGUUUUUUUAUAUUUAUUAUGACACAUUACAUAAUAUUAUGUAUGAAAAAAGAAGCGUCAUAAUACAGCAUUUAAACCUACAUAUAUUACAAGUAGACUGUCAUUUGCCAGCUGGAUGAUUGAGAACAGCCAUAUUGUUGAUAAGAUCUAGUUAUCAGACCAGUCACACUCUUACCUAAAUGCCCAGAUUAAUAAGAAGAACUGUAGAUUUUGGAAAACUGAAAAAACCUGAUCUUUAUAUUGAGAAGCAGUGCGAGCUGCAUUAAGUGUAAAUGGAAUUAAUGGUCAAUUCUUUUUGAAGAUAAUGAAGGAAAUGUUGAAACAGUGAAUAAGGACCAUUACUUAAAAUUCCUGAGAAGUAAAUUUGUGCCAGCAUUACGAAAGAAGGGUAUCAGUCUAGACACUAUGUGGUUUCAGCAAGAUAGGGCGA